CGUUUAUUAACCAAAAUGUUAGAAAAAUGUUGGAUAGACAGAUGGGGAGACAGAGACAGCGACAACGCGCACACAAAGGCUCCGAAACACGCUGCGCCAGUUCUACACGCGCGCGAGUCAAGAAUCGAGCCUCGUGUAUGUGUGCACGCAGGCAGGUAGUAGGAAAAGAAUAUGGCAAGCAUUCACACUCACCCGCACAACACACCUUUCACAUAAACGGGCAGGAUGCAAAGAACACGCCGCACCAGUUUACACGUGACACGCACGCGCGCUCGCAAGUCAAGAAUCGUGCGUCCGCGUGUGCAGGAAUACACGCAGGCGUUCGCACACACACACAUAUAUACAGGCAGCCCAGGCAGGUGAAAAAAGAUAUCUGUGCGUGCGUGCGCGUGCACAGGUAAGAGCGACGAGCAGUGCGGCGCGACACUCGUCCGGGGACCUCAGUCAGUGAGGUGGUGUUCACCGCCGUGUGUGGUGUCUCCUCGUGGUUUUCGCCUCCGCCUCUUCUUCCUUUCCCACCUCCUGCACCUGCCCCGUCGUCCUCAGGUAGCAUCAGGUAGACGCGGAUGUACUGUCCUUGCGGACGAGGACCUUAGGAAUUGCUCUUUCGCUCGCUGCCUGUCUCUCUCUCUCUCUAUCUCGGGUAUCGGUGGUAGCCUUGACGGGCGCCAGCCAGACUGGACAUCAGGCGCUUAAACCCGGCCUGGCGAAUACACGUGCGUGGAGAGUCGAGUGAAAGAGAUACUCCGGAUUCUCGGGUUCGCGAAUUCGUUCCCUGAGGAAAAUUCGUUCGCCAAUCGCUUUCCCUCGCGGUAAAUUUGAGGAAAAGGACAAUAUGUGCGAUCGGUGAUCCUUGGUGUAACGUGGUGGCAACGCGAGUGCCGAGGAUGUCGACGACGGACGUGGUCCGCAUCGUGCAGCAGGGAGCCGCCGCUGACGAGGACCAGAGGAGGCUGAAGGCUGAUCUACAGUACCUGAGAAGAAGGGGGCUGCUCAAGGCGUCCGGCGGCGAACUAUCCCAUCAAGGACGCAAAUGCGCGCGAUGCGGCGCGCCGUUCGGUAGAUUUUACAACACCGGCGCGAGGUGCACGCGUUGCAGACACCGUGUGUGCCGGCAGUGUCGCAUCGAGAUCGGAAACCACGCAGCGGGCGACAAAGAAGCCGAGUGGAUCUGCAACAUUUGCUAUAAAAUUGCAGAAUUACACUUGGUUACCGGCAAGUGGAUGUACGAAAGUCCAGUUUCCAGUGGAUCCGUGAACGAGAAAACAUCGCCAUUUCCAGUAGAUAUACUGAGUCGCAGCAUCCGACGAGCUUGGACGAUUAAUGGUCCUCCGACACGUUGGUCAGCUGCGAGAAAGUCCCCGGAACUACGCCUAUAUCGUAGUCUGCCAUCCCGCCAUCAAGACUAUCGAGAGCCGUUGGAUGACUCGGGCUUCGACGAUAGAACAUUGUCGAAACUCGAGGAUUCGCGAGAGGAAAGUUUGAACGCGAGGGAUUGCAAGGACGUCGAGGACACAGAAGACUGCGCGAAUGUAGACGAAACGAUCGAGAGGAGCACAGCGAUCAAUGAACGAACGAAACGAGAGAAAUCGAUCGGUAAAUCAGAAGAGGAAGUGUCAUCACCGGACACGGGAAAAUUCAGCAGGAAGGGAGAGCGAUCGGGCAAGGAACAAGAGGAUUCUGGACAGGAGCACAGCACACCGAGGAUCUCCCUGAUAAAACCGCCAAGGAUACUCGCGAAGUUUAUAUCGCCCGAGACGAGACCGAGCCCGACCAAGCAUGGCGAGAGGAAGUCGAAUAUUCCUAUUUUCAAAAGGAGCUCCAAGGAAUUCGAGGACAUCCGAAGUCCGCAGGAGUCGCCUAAGCGAUCGCUCAUUCCUCAGAGAUAUAGAGGAAGCACUGAUGAUCUGCGUCGUAGUCGCGAGGACAUAAGCGUACCGAGUUUGAUCCCGAAAUUACUACCUUCUCGUAACAAAGAAGAACGAUUGAAGCGGCAAGACAGCAAGGACGAUAUCCGUCAUUCAUCGAAAUCCGGGCGAAAGGAGGAGACUAAGUUCUCGUCGCUCAUCGUCUCCCCAGUGUUUGGUGGCAAGGACGAAGCCGGCAAAUCGGGCAUAAGGAUCUCUCGCCGCGACAAUAGUCGCGAGGACGUGGGCAGAGACAGCACGAAUCCGAUCAAGGAAUCCGCGAAAGGUAAACAGCAGGACAGGCAAGAAAGAACGGAGAGCGUGGGCGACGCAACGAAAUCGAAAGUCGCUGAAAUCGGACAGAACAGAACGAGAUGCGAGGACGGCAAGAACGACCCUAACGACAUCGAGGAAUUGUCGUCGAGGAACGAGGUGACAGUCGAAGUCGCGAUCGAACAGCACGAAGUAAUACUAGACUCGCGAGCUGAUGCGGAGAACCGGGACGCGAGAAUGCUCGACGUGAUCGUCGCGGAGGACAGCGUGCAGGACGAGCAGGAGCGGGAUACGAUAGGCGAGGAAGUCGUAAACGAGAAGCGUUUGCUAGCAACUCCAGAAUCAGCCGAGUCCGUCGCGGAGAAUGACAAGGAGCGGAAUAACAAUGACGAGGAGAUGAGAGACACCGCCGAUCGAUUGUUAGACGUCGGCAGCGACGGUGACGUCAUUGGUGAAAGAAAGGGCCCGCUGGAGAUCGGCUAUGGAAAGAGGCCGGACGAGUUCCAAGUGGUGCGGCGAAAAUUUUCCAAGGAAGAAUUCUCGAAUCCAGACGACACCGACGACACCCCGAAUAAGCGUUGUUCAAGCCAUUUGUCGCCGGAAGCCAGUCCAUUGAGCACGAGGUCAUCGAGGUACAGUCCUCGGGAGAGCGAGAGCGAGCCCACUCCUGCAUUGCCACGUAAAACUGGAGGAGACUCCUGUUCCGCCUCCCAGAGGAUACGUGACACGAUUACGAGAACCAGAAGAGAAUCCAACAGUAGCACCAGAUACGAGAGCAGCGGUAGCGAGAGUGUCAGAUUAAGCGAGACCGGCUUGCACGGUUACGUGGAGCUGGCCAGGAAGGUGAAAUUUUUUGGGGGUAACGGCAGCGGCGCGGUUUCGUCGACGAUCGGCGGUGACGAGAUGAUGCAACGCGACAGUGCGACGAGUGCGGGCGAGGAUGAGACCAACGAGGAUGGCCACGAUAGGACAGGUCCGCUCCCUUCCCAGGGAAGAACAAUGCUGCGACGAAGAAGGCAGUUUGAUGCUCAAGGUUCACGACGACGCGGGAGAUCGCACGCGAGAUCGUCCUGUUGCACCAGCGAGGAUUUGCAGAGCCUGCAGACGUUAAAUCUGAUCGGACGCGGCGGUGGCGGAAGCGGGGGCCGACAACGCAGUCCUAAUCCCGGAUCGGUUGGUCCGGAGCAGGCGGCAUCCGCGGUCGACUACAGACGGCUCGUGUUCAUCAGCUCGGAUUCAUCGUCGGGCCGCGAGGAGGACGACGCCGACAGCAGUUGCUCGAGCUCGUCCUACCUGAACGGCCUGCCGCGGAACAGUGGCCACCAUCAUCAUCACGCGCAGUCGCUCGAGGACUGCGACUGGGAUUACUUCGAGAGUGGUUCCCUGCCGCUGCCGACGACGCCGAGCAUCACCGUCGCCGGCAUCACAGCGGACACCAACGUCGCUCAGGACGUUUGGAGUUGCUGUCCGGGACGCGGCUCCGCCGCCUGCCAGGCUUGCGGCGGUUCCCGAAGCGCGAACGUACUCCCGGUGCCGGUGCCAAUACCGGUCCCGGUCCCGUAUCCGGUGCCGGUACCGGCUGCCCUGUGGACCGGCGACUUCGCGGCAGCCGCGUCAUCCAUGAUAAGCCGCGGCGACGGCCACGCCGAGUCGGGAACUCUGAGGUUACGAGGCGAUCCGGCGGCGCCCUGGUUCGCCUGGCAUCCCCGUUUCAACCAGCCUUUACAUGGCGCGCGCCUGGACCCUCGACUUGCCGGCACCUUCGAUCCGACCACCUAUACCUUCCAUCCGCCGGAACAGAUGAUGACCCCGAGACUAUAUGGGCCGAUAACCGAGACGACGACGAUACCAUCGGCAAAUCUCGAAUCUUCUCAGGACGUGAGAGAUGACACGAAAAUCAUGUCGAAAGCCGAAGAGAUCAGAAGGGAGGAGAACUCGUCGGCGAAGGGCAUCGACAAAUCUGGUUCUUCCGUCGUGAAGAAUAGAUUGGAAGAGACGAAGAACUUUGAAACGGAACGCGAGAAGAGUGACGAAGAGAUAGAAGAGGUAGAAGGAAACGAGGAGGCUGCUUGUGAGGAUUCCUUAUCAUCUUCCUUCGAGAGAAGCGCGCAGGAGAUGUAUCAACAUUCGCGAGAGAACUCGGGCAGCUCGUCCGGUAGAUCAUCGGCGGACAGUAGCGAUCUGGAGGAGGAUUCUAGUUCGCACAGAUUCUCCAGGGUGUUCGUGGUGAACGACGAUUCGCUCACCAGCGACAACGAUAUCGAAGACAACGCGGAGGAUGAUUCGGAUUCCGCGGCGGAAGGCGGUGUAACCUUGAAACGCGUCACCGCGAUUCCUGAAGAGGAGCCGGUUGUAUUGCAACACAUGAAGCUGCUAAAUGAGGACGUUUUUAUGGAAAAUAAAUCGGAAGUAAGUGAGAAUGAAUCGAAAGAAUCCAAAAGGCAUUCCAAAGCUUACAUCGUCGGCGACGCUCGCUGUGAAGACGAAAAGAAAUCACUGGAUGAACCUGUCGCUAAUUUGGCCAAUAAACGAAAAAAUCGUAACAGGAAGGAUGGAAUCGAUAACGCUGAUAACCAACUUCCUCUUCUACUACAGCGUCGAUCAAUCCCUGAAGAGAUAUAUCUGGCGGAUGAUAACGAAUGUUCUGAUAAUCGAAUCGAAUUGAAGUCCAUCAGAAUGCUCGAUCCCGAUAGUAUCGAUCCACCUGUAGACAUCUUAAAGACAGACGAGAGAUCUAUUUCGAAAAUAUACGGUGAAGAGAAAACCGUCGAUACGUUGAGAGAAAUUUCGCAGGACGAUCUGAUCGAACCAAAGUCACCUGCGAGCGACGUCUGGGAUCCAACUAUCGUUCCGGACUCUCUCGAAAUUUCAGUCGUCGAAGACGUAAGCGCCAACCAGCAAGAAAAAUCUCGAGUUUACGAUGGUGAACAGAUUGCGAGAUCGAUAGUAACGAACGAUUGCGAGAGACAAGAAGAUAAGAAGCUACUUUUAUCGGAGGCGAAUUGUUCGAACCGUAAUGUCAUUAUCGACGCGUCAAGUGACAGCUGCACCAGCAACGAGAGCAACACUACAGGGAGCGAAAUUAGCAGCGACGAGCUUCACGAGUACGAGGUGACCCCGGCCGAAUCAUUAUUCGAUUACAGCAACGAAGUCGCCGCGAUUAACGGCAAAGUACUAUAUCAAAUUGAUAGGAAGAGUACGGAAGAUAUUACAAAAGAUAUCAAAGAGAAUGGUUUGCGUCUUCAUGAUAAUCGCGAUGGCAAAAGAAGUCCGACGAUGACGAAGAGUGACGCGAAACAAAGUCAGUCCGAGAGAUCGAUCGGUGAGCGAGCUUUGAGUAAUUCGUCGAUGAUCGACGUAAAGGAUGAUGGCGAUGAGGACAACGAAGACGACGACGACGAAGGCUAUCGGUCUGUUACGUGUCGUCGCGGUGGCCAAGAUGGCGGGGCGAAAGACAACGACCCGACGGCACCGACGGGCGAGGAACAGGUAGGAGUCAAUGUGAGCGACGCAAUAACCACCAGCAGGAUUCAGGAGAUGUCGAGGAACGCGGAGGAGCAAGGUGGCGCGGGCGGCAAGAUGAACACUGCGCAUGACGGCCCGGUGAGAGGUGAGAUUGUCGUUCAGGUGGGAGGAAAUAGUGAUGGUAACAGUGAUAGUGGUGGUGGUGGUGAUGGUAGCGGCGGCGGUGAGAGCGCCGAGGAGGGGGACGCGACACGGUUUCGCUCAGUCGAGCGACGCCCGUGCACUCGGCAAGAGAAUGGAUUCCCAGCUGACAGUCAAGUAUCGUUCAAGGAUCUUGCGAGAGACCCAGCUCAGCAUAAUAACAGUAGUAACAUUUAUAACAGUAACAACAGCAGCAGCAGUAAUAAAUAUAGAAGCCUCGUGAUGAUCACUCAAGAAGCCUCAUACCAGCCGGUGAGUGUCGUCACAUCGGACACUACAACGCUGCUGCAACCGGAUGAGAUCCAUUCGGUUGGAAGCCAAGGGGGUCUGGCCAGUUACUUUCAACUAGCGCUAGAAGCGGCGAGCGAACCGCAAUUUCAUCGCAAGAACGCUCCGCGCAAGCCGUUAAUGGUGAAGAAACUACCGGCAGUCGCGAUUACUGCGACAGGUCAUCAAUCGGCUGAGCCCGAAGCGGAUAGUGGUUUGAGUGUCGGUAGUGCCAGUGAAAGCGACGAUGUGUCCGCGUCGAAGAACGUGCCAAAGUCACACAAUUGUCGACAGGAGAGCGUCGAUGACGUGUCCAAGGAUCGUUCGGUGUCGGAUUGUCGCGAGAGUACGCGGACACGCGUUUCGUCACAGUCUAGCGACGAAAAUUCGAGCGCUGGCGGGGUUAUCAUACUUGAAGAAGGUCUGGCCGACGAUGAUUCCUGGGUGGAAGAAGUGUCCCACGACGAAGACGAAACGGGCGCGACUACUGCUACGGAAGAGAGUUCCGAGGAUGAAGCUAAUAACUUUGGCGAUCGCGAAGAGGAGCUCAGAGGCUAUCGCAGGCAAGCGAUUGAUUUUACCUUGCACACCAUCGUCGAGGAAUCGUGCGAGGAGAGUGAAACAGAGCCCAGUCUGACAGCAGGAAGCCCCUCAAAGAAACCGAGACCACCUUCCGCUUCAGAGCUGGAGAAAUACUUCUUCUUCGGAUUGGGAGGCGAAGGGAACAACUCCAGCAUGGGCUCGCGCGAGGUCGACAGCUUGUCGGAGACCUCGUCGAUUUACUCCGAAGGGCUGGAAUCGCUCGGACAAGAUGAAACUAACGGUAUUAAUCAGAAUCAAGAUAGAUCGAAUACCAGCGAUGGUUUUUUGAACUCUUCUAGACUGGAGAAAUAUUAUUUAUCCGAAUUCCUUGGUUUUGAUCAGGAUAGAAGAGAUUCUGACGGUUCAGUAGGUAGUGAUUCCGAAGGUAGACCUAGUCCGGAAGCGCAGAGAAGGAAGAAAUUGGUGCGUGCGAGAGGUACAGGCAGAUCUCACAGUUCUUCUUUAGAUAACCUGUUAGCACUCACGCAGAGUUCGCAGAACUUGAGCUCGCAAAAUUCUCUCCAGGAUCUGAGUCUCAAUCAAGACGCGCAAGAGACUCAGUCUGAAGGUUCCUCGACGGAGACUGAUGGCACUGAUGACGGUCAGACCGCCGUUUUUGGCACAGACGGUCAGUUUGACACAGUGAAGCGCAAAAAGAAGAAGCCGCGAAAUCUGGGAACUCAAAGUCCGCGCGUUCCGGACGAUCGAAACAAGACGCCGGAACCCAGCAGAGAAAUGACGCUGAUGAAUGAGAUCGUAAUGGAAAACGACAACGAGGCGAUGAACUCCGACGACUCGGACAGAGCAAAGACUCCACAGCCGGAGUCCAUUUUAUCUUCGUCUUCCUCGCCGUCUACUCUCACCAAUAGCAGUAACACGUUGAACGCGGCUUCGUCUUCGCAAAUAGAUUCUUCGAGAAAUUCAGUUGCAAUGAAUUCGAGCGACGGUCAGCGAUCAAAACAGCAAUCGCGGGACUCGGGUUUUGUCGGCAGCUGCGAUGAUCUUCUUCAGCAUCAAAAACUGCCAGAUGAGAGUCAAACAAGUGGUAUGGAAAUUGAUCAGAAAAUCGGCAAAGAUCGCAUGCUCAACAAGAUCUCGGAACAUUCUCAGAACGCGAAUCGGAGCUCCGCUGAAGAAGGUGCGGACGGUACGGAAAAGAACAACUUGACGAAACACCCGGUGAAUCAUGCAAGUCUGCCGCAUCUAGCGAAUGCUUCACUGUCGCGCAAAGACAGUUUUAACAACUGGUCCAGUGAUGAAGAGACGAAUCUCAUGAUGUCGAAAAUGCGGCAGUUCUUCAAGACGAUGGUGGCCAAUUCGAGCGGGCAAAUUCCGGGACAGAGCGUCACCAACGCGAAUUCCAGCGGUGUCUCGCCGGCACCGAGUCCGCGACUUCCGGGUUAUGCCUCGAAGGCGCGUCUUUACGCUCAGAAUCGCACCAAACCGCCGCAGUUGGUGUACUUCGAGAACGAACUGACGCGACUGAUGAAGACGGUUCCGGGAAUACGCGACGAGCAGGUGCGAGAGAUUGUCGAGUAUCUCAGCUCGGAGGACACGUGGUCGGAUUCUUACGACAGCUCGGAUUACACUAGUUCCGAUCUCGAGGGCGCCGCCAGCGGACGUAGAUCGGCCUUGCAAGAGCAGAUCUCGCAGAGCUGCCAACAGAUCAUCAGCAAAUUCGACACCACGUCUGGCGGCGGCGGCGGCGGCAGCGGCAGCGGCGGUAGCAAUGGUGACGCGACGCUAUCAGACAAGGAGAAAGAGCAGAUGAAAGGAUCGGGACCACGAUUGAGUUCCACGAUACAAACCGCACCCUGCUUGGGCAGAGAUACCGCAUUCGUCUACCAAAAGCUGGUGCAGAGUUUCACGAAGAUGGCCGGCGACGGCGUGAGCUCGGACGCCAAUUCCACGCCGCACAGCAGCCCGCCUCUAAUCGCCAAAGUGAUGCAUCACAUCGGCAGCCGAUUGGUAGCGCUAAUGCACGAGGUUUCGGAAGGUGGUCCAGCUGCGCAUCAUCACUCCACCACCUGGCGACGGUACUCUCAGCAUCAUCGGACUCCAUCCUCGACGUCCACUACCGAGGAUGACGAUUCAACAUCCGAUUCUACCAACGCGCCCUCGUCGAUGCAUCUGCAGCUGCCAAGGUCGAAGUCACACGACCCGCUGUUGUUGAUCAACAGCCACCCGGCAGCCUCUACCGGCCAGGAAGGGGAGGAACGGGAGGCCAGCGAUUACGAGAGAUUUUCCUGGCGCGGUAGUUUCGAGUCCGCGCUGAUGGCCGCCGACUCGAGGACGAAACUGAGCCUGUUGGCAUGUUCCGGUGACGUCAGUGGUGGUGGUGGUGGUGGUGGCAGUGCUAGUGCAAGUGCCCUGGCCGCGAAACGGCGCAGCGCCGGUGAUCUCUUAUUCAAUCCGAAGAGUUUCUCCAGGGAGCAGCUGGACAGGGUGAGGAGUUGCGGUUCGAUCGGCGGCGGAAGCGGGGGUGGGACUGGCGGAAACGUCGGCGGCUCCGUCGAGGAGAGGAUCUGGAGUAACCGGAGGAGAUCCUCUGUUCCCGAUGCUAACACCAGGGGAGAGUCAGGUGCAUCAGCCGGCGAUGAGGACACCGAGGACGAAUUGGAAUACGGCGGAGAAUCGCGAGCGACGACCCUUCCACGUGGCAUGCAAUCCGCCAUCAGCGCGGCCACCAAUUCCCUGCCGCGACUACCGGCCGGAUCGGGUCCGCCGACAGGUCUGACGAUGACGACGACGACGAUGUCAUCGUCGACAUCGUCGUCCUCGUCGCCGAUGCACAAAGCGCACAGCGUCUACCACUUCUUGCCACAGCACAGCGGCGUGAAAUCCGCCCGGUAUCGGCCACCUGGCUUCGCCAGGAACAGCAACGUUGGGCCCGGGGCGAUCGGCAGCGGGCCCAAACGCGCCGUCAGCGCGCCGGGUCUUCAAGUUUCGGGCUCGCAAUCGGCCGCCAACAAACGGGACAACUCGCGGUCGAGGAGGCAGCAGACGAUGUCGCUUACGUCGGAAAAUGAACGAAUUAUGAAAAGGAUGUUGGCAUUAAGAACGUAAGAAUGUCGUUGAACCGAUCAUUGGCGCGAGUUUUGGAAUGCGUGUCAAGCUUUUUGCACAAUUGCUGAAACGGUUCUUUGCUGACAACCAUGAAGCACGAUGUUACGCUUCUGCUCGCAACACAUCUUUCAGAUUCCUACAGUUACGAUCCGCGCAUCGAGCGAUUAACGAAACUCGUACAGAUAAAAAAUCGUAUGAAAUAAAAUGCAAUAAUGCGAUUAAUUUUUGUGAAAUAAUUCUUUUCCGUGAAAGUUUACUAAAAGUUUUCUUCACACAUAUUAAAUGACUUUAACAUUCGUUUAGCUUUUAUUUUAACAUUUAUUCUUAUGAAAAAAGUUAAUAAAAUAAAAAAAGAGUAUUUGAAAAAAUAAUUACAGCUCCUUUUAAAAAAUCUAAACAUUUUUAGGAAUAUGUGAUUUUGGAUAAAAUUCACGAUACAU